AUGGAUCAGUUGAAGGGGGAUUUGGCUGCUACAGCCAAUUUUCUCCAGUCCAUGACUGCACUCCCGAACUACGACAGUGUUAGAGAGGUGCAAGCAAAAGCCCUUUGCCAGCGAGUGAAGAACCUUGCCUCCGUGGAUGCAAAUGGAGCCUCAGCCCUGCUGGCUGCAUGGACUGCAGGAAAGCAAUGGACUUCUCAACAAACAAAGGAGUUCAGUGAUCUCUUGGCUGGAGCAGUAGCUAGAACCAACACCGGGACAGGUCAGGGUGGCAAGAGAGCUACUCAGAAAGUUGAUGCUUUCGAACCUUACCUGUCCGUCAAAGAUAUCCAGGCUUUGGAAGCUGGUGACAACAUCCACGUGAAGUUGGAUGUCUUGGCAUGCCGGUGCAUCAAGCUGAGGCUCACCUGCCCAUCUGAGGCUUGCUGCAAAGCGAUCUUGGCGGCUGGCUUGGCCAGGGCAGGCGGUGAUGUGGGGGCGGUUGACAGCUAUGCCAACAAGCAGCUGUUCAAAAAAAUGCUGAAAAUCAAAGCCAAAGGCUUGCCCAAGAAUGGCUUUCACCUCGAGCAUUAUCCAGCAUCGCCAGACAAUCUGCCCCCUGAGCUCGCCGAUGCAUACUCUCAAGAGGAUCCUGCAUGGACUGUGCAGAUGCAAUCUCCCGACAGGGUGCAGGCAGCAUCAUCUGCAAUCGUGUUGAGAGGGAGCUCGAAGAAGCUUCGUGGUGGAAACAUGAUGGGUGCCGGUGGCAUGCAGAGCUGGCCUGCAGUGUGUGCAAGUGGCAACAACAACCCCAUGAACAUGCAAUUCAACAUGGGCCUGCAAGGCAUGCAGCCCGGGAUGACGAUGAUGGGUAUGAUGAACACCAUGAACAACAUGAUGCAGAGGUUCAUGCAGGACCAGAAUAAGCAGCAGCAGGACCCGAUCCCGAACAUGCAGUACUUCGCACCCGGUGGAGGCCAAGCAGGGGCAACCACCAUGGGCCAGGGGCCUGCAGCAGGAACCCAGGCACCUGCAGCAGCAACCCAGGCACCUGCAGCAGCAACCCAGCAGGCACCUGCAGGGGCAUCUGCAUCGGUCCAGCAAGCAGCACUUGUGGCGGCAACGAAUGCAUCAGCUGGUGUCUCGCCGGCAGUGCAGUUGGAGAUGAGUGAUCCUGAAAACGACGAGGCCGACGAGGCAGAAGUGUUGAGGCAGGCUGGGCUCGUUGCAGAUGCAGUCAACAAGAAGAAGGGGAUUCUUAAGAAGCCUGCAGGCUUGCCCAAGGCAAAGGCAAAGGCCAAAGCCCAUGCCAAAGCAAAGGCAGCCAGUAAGGCCAGUGCCAAGGCCAGUGCCAAGGCCAGUGCAAAGGCCGUUGCAAAGGCCAGUGCAAAGGCCAGUGCAAAGGCCAAAGCCGCCCCGGCCGGUAGCAGAGAAUACUAUGCCAAUCUUUCCAUGAAGAAAAGGGUGAGCCUUCGCCCGCAUGGCAUCAAAAGGGCACGGGAUUCCGAGCUGGAGGCAGAGACUCCUCAUGGCCCUUUGGUGGCCAAGGUUACAGUACCUGUGGAGGUGAAGAGCCGAAAGGCAGCUGGAGACGAGGAGAUCAAGAUCGUGCCGACAGAGUUGCCGAUCCUCAACCUGAUGGCAUGGAUAUGGCACCUUUGCCAGUCCAUGCCGGGUGUAGCUGCCUUUUUCCAAAGGCAGCUAUCGAAGUACCCGUGCACAGCAACCAGCCCAUGGCGCAUGGCUUUAUACAAUGAUGAGAUCAGUCCUGGCAACCAAUUAAAAGCAACAGAAAGAUCCAAGGGUACUACCUCAGUUUUCUCGAGUUUGACGCCGAAGGCCGAUGCCAAGAAAACCUUUGGUUCCCUUUGA